AUGCGGCUAUCCCGGACGUUGCACUGGUUAAGGGGGCCAUGGUUCCUAUGGUUCUACCUGUUUGCGUUCAACUUGGCAGAUGUGGUGAUGUUUUACGUGUUGCUGUCAUCCGACCACGACAAGUACCCAUAUCCCGUCAUCUCGUUAACCCUCAACGUCGUGGUGUUAAUCAUGUUGGUAUACGACCGACUCCAUGCUCGGUUCAUAGAUGCUAAGCCGGGAGAAGAACCGACUCCGCGGCAGGCCAAAAUCGGCAAAUACACCAAAAUGAUAAGGAAACCGUAUUUGUUGUUCAAGACGAUCAUCUGGUUGUUUAUUUGUGCCAUGUGCAUUAGUCGGGUAAUUCUAAUCACCUACCGCCCCAGCACCGACGAGUUCCCUAGCCGAGGCGACCAAAACGCUUUCAUCGUUGUCACUGUAUUUGCCGCUAUCUGUGACUGUGGCCUUUUGACCAUCUGGUGGCAAGCAAGUAUCCGGACCACCCACGGGCUUUUAGCGUUUGCUCUGGCAAUUCACGGGCUUUUGGGAGUUGGGAUCGUACAAAUCAACAUCAACUUGAUCAAAAACCAGGAGCAUUUGAGCCGGAUUCAUAACUUGUACGUUUUUGAUGGCGCCUUCAUUUUGGCGCAAGCAUUUUUCGGUCUCACCGUCACCAUGGUUAUCUCCGAUAAAAACCGGUUGAACCUGGUCAUCGGCAAAUUAAUCUUCUUGUACGACGCCAUGUUGCUUGUGGUCACCGCCCUCACUGUUGCUUGUCUCAUCACCGUGUUCCCUACUUUGCACUACCAUCAGGAUAUGCCGGUGCUGAACCCGAUUUUGUUUGGCAUUUCCAUCGGUGUGGCCAUCGUUUGUUAUGUGUGCUCACGGGUAUUCAGAAUCAGAUUCCCCUCGACUGACUUGGAGGUGAUGGAAUACGACCUUUCUACGUUAACGGAAACUCAACGCCAGGGCUGGGCCAAGGUGAUUGAUUUGAAUCACAAGCUCAACGCUGGUGUAUCCGGUGACGCAGUGAUCUCGUUGAUGAACUGUUACUGCCAAGCUGAACUCCCGGGCAUGACGUGUAAGGUGUUGCGUGUGGUGAAGAAGCUGUCACUCGAACGCGAGUACACUCCACGUGAUUUAGAAAAGGCUAAUGACAUUAGUAAGGCGUGGGACGCUUUGGACCACGAAGGCCUUUUGUUUCAAAAGGAUGGCAAGGAAGACCCGCAAAGUUGGCUGGAUACCACUACGGUUCUCGAAGAAUAUAAACCAUUGAGUAAGACCAAACUCAAACGGAUGGCCAAGAAGCAAAAGUCUGAGCAAUUGAUGGAGUCCAUUGAAGAGUUGCAAUUAAAGAUGGAAAAGUUCUACAACGAAUUGACCAACACUGAAGCUCUCAUUAUGAUCACCAUCGUUGAAGAAUUUGAUUUGGCUGAACGGAUCCCCGCCAAGUUCGGUGGUAAGUGGUUACAACGUCAUUUCGGUAAGAACUCCAAGUGGCCGCUUUUGGUUCUUAAGUUCGGGUUGUUGGGUUUCCACUGGCCCUUCAAGCGACUGACCUUCUACUGCUCUCUGACCAAGAAGCCAGUAGCGAGAUCAGCCGCAAUCAUGCACGCGCUUUCUGAGUGGAACGAAAAGCUGGGUGAGCGGUGCACGGUUAUGGUGGACCCUACUUACAAGCAUGAUUAUGCCGAAACCGGGAUUCGCUUCUCCGGAUGGUAUAAGGUUGGGUUGCCGUCGACUCAUAUUGCCGACUUGCGGCCUUAUAAAAACAAGACGUUGCAACAAUACUUCAAGGCCAAGAAGUAUCGGGUGCAAGAUAAAGCAUUUAACGAAGCCAAUGGUGAAGUAAUCGAAAUCAAGGAUGUGACGAUGGAGCAAUGUGAAGAGAUCUGUUACCUCAACGAAAUGAUCGGUGACGCUCGUUCCGACAAUGACCAAUCGGACACGUUAUUCCAUCCCACCCCGCAAUUUGUUUACGACCAGUGUCAUAUUGACAACAGCAAGAACUACCGUUCGCUUCUUUUCCUCAAGGUGAAUGGCAAGUACAUCGCCCUGUGCAUCAUCUACCGGCUCGGUGAAACCAUGACCAUGGACAUUAACGGCAUUGAUUAUGGUGCCGACGCCAAACAGUAUAAAGCAUAUUUCGUGUUGAUGCAAGAAGUGAUCCGCCUCGCCCUCAAGGAGAACAUCAGCUUCGUCGACUUUGGCCCCACAACAGAAAACGCCAAGGUCGACAUCGGGUGCUCAGUGGUGCCACUUGUGGGGCUGUUGUACACACGCAUGAAGGCCAUUGGGCCCAUCGUUAAAUUUGCCGCCGACAGGGUCGACGUGUAA